GUCACCAAUCUGCGCCCUAGCCAUUGAUUCCUGACUGAAGGUGGAGGACUACGCGUUGGGAGACAGCCGGGAAGGUCCAGCGCAGCCUUGGGCUCACGAGUGGGCAGCGUCCGAGGAGUCGCGCGCGGAGGACUGAGGCCUGGGAGGACAGUUGCCUGCACCAGAAUCACCAUGAAAGUUCCUCCAGAUUCUUCCUGAUUAUUUAGCAGGAAGGCAAGGAAGCUCAGGGGUGUUCCCUCACCAGACAUGGUCCUACUCGGACCCUAGCUCUGAGCAUAGCAAGUGGAGAUACUCGCAGCCACAUGGGCCGGAGUCUUACCCUAGGAGUUUCCAGCUUCAGCAGAUAGAGUUUCUCAAAGGGCGGCUCCCAGAAGCACCCUUGAUUGGAACACAGACCCAGUCACUGCCGCCAUUCCUCCCAGGACCCUGGCCAAGAUUCCCAGGGCCACCUGCCCAAGACAAGCAACUGGAAAUCUGGGGGUUCCCCAGGAGUGUAACUCUCAGAAAUCAGGGAUUCCACAUAGAAUCCCCACUUCAUCCUCCACACAGCAGGCGUCCACCAUGGAGAGGUGCUGACGGGCUUUGCUCACACUUCCAGGAGCUGAGCAUCAGUCAGAGUCCUGAGCAGAAGGUCCUAAACCGCCUGGAAGAGCUUGGUGAGGGGAAGGCCACCACUGCCCACGUGCUAGCCAGAGAGCUCAGGACUCCCAAAAAGGAUAUCAAUCGUAUAUUGUACUCCCUGGAAAGGAAGGGGAAGCUGCAUAGAGGAACGGGGAAACCUCCUUCGUGGAGCCUUGUGCCCUUGAAUCAGGCUUGGACUCAGCCCCCUAGAGCUGUGCAUCCAGAUAGUUCUAUCAAGGAAGUCCCUAGAGGAGAGCCUGGUUUGGAUAGUGAGGACAGAGACCCUGCUUCUGACUUAGAGGGACCUUCUGAGCCUCUUGACAUGGCUGAAAUCAAAGAGAAGAUCUGUGACUAUCUGUUCAAUGUAUCAAACUCCUCUGCCCUGAACCUGGCUAAGAACAUUGGCCUCACCAAGGCCCGAGAUGUGAACGCAGUGCUGAUUGACUUGGAAAGGCAAGGCGAUGUCUACAGGCAAGGGGCCACUCCUCCCAUCUGGUACUUGACGGACAAGAAGCGUGAGAGGCUGCAGAUGAAGAGAAGUACGCAUAGUGCUCCUGCAGCUACCCCAGCAGCUGUCCCAGAGGCCUCUAGAAGCCCCUCCUUUCCUGCCUGCCACCCACCCACAUCAGGUGCCUCAAGCAGCACAGCAACCUCCAAGAGAGUGGAAAAUGGGCAGGAGCCUGUGAUGAAGUAUGAAAGUAGGCACGAGGCCAGGGGACCCAUGAGGCUGCGGCCUCACACAUAUCACAAUGGCCCCUCUAGAGCAGGGUAUGUUGCCUCUGAAAAUGGCCAGUGGGCCACAGAUGACAUCCCAGAUAACUUGAAUAGUAUCCGCACAGCACCAGGUGAGUUUCGAGCCAUCAUGGAGAUGCCCUCCUUCUACAGCCCUACCUUGCCACGGUGUUCACCCUACAAGAAGCUAACUGAGUGCCAGCUGAAGAACCCUGUCAGCGGGUUGUUAGAGUAUGCUCAGUUCACUAGUCAGACCUGUGAUUUCAACCUCAUAGAGCAGAGUGGACCGUCCCAUGAACCUCGAUUUAAAUUCCAGGUCGUCAUCAAUGGUCGGGAGUUUCCCCCAGCUGAGGCUGGCAGCAAGAAAGUGGCCAAGCAGGACGCAGCGGUGAAAGCCAUGGCAAUUCUGCUUCGGGAAGCCAAAGCCAAAGACAGUGGACAACCAGAAGACUUGUCCCACUGUCCCAUGGAGGAAGACUCAGAGAAGCCAGCAGAGUCCCAGGCCCCCAGCUCCUCGGCAACCUCCUUAUUCUCUGGGAAGAGCCCAGUUACUACACUGCUUGAGUGCAUGCACAAACUAGGGAACUCCUGUGAAUUUCGUCUCCUGUCCAAAGAAGGCCCUGCUCACGACCCCAAGUUCCAGUACUGUGUAGCAGUAGGAGCCCAGACUUUCCCCACUGUGAGUGCCCCCAGCAAGAAAGUAGCAAAACAGAUGGCCGCAGAGGAAGCCAUGAAAGCUCUGCAAGAGGAGGCAGCCAAUUCAGCCGAUGACCAGUCUGGAGGUGCAAACACAGACUCUCUUGAUGAAUCUAUGGCUCCCAACAAGAUCAGGAGGAUUGGUGAGCUCGUCAGGUACCUGAACACCAACCCCGUGGGCGGCUUGUUGGAGUACGCCCGAUCUCAUGGCUUUGCUGCUGAGUUCAAGCUCAUUGACCAGUCUGGACCUCCUCACGAACCCAAGUUUGUUUACCAAGCAAAAGUUGGGGGCCGCUGGUUUCCAGCCGUGUGUGCACACAGCAAGAAACAGGGCAAGCAAGAUGCAGCGGAUGCAGCCCUCCGUGUCUUGAUCGGGGAGAGCGAGAAGGCAGAGCAGUUGGGUUUCGCAGAGGUAACCCCAGUAACAGGGGCCAGUCUCAGAAGAACUAUGCUACUCCUUUCCAGGUCCCCAGAUGCACAUCCAAAGACACUUCCUCUCACUGGCAGCACCUUCCAUGACCAGAUGGCCAUGCUGAGCCACAGGUGCUUCAAUGCCCUGACCAACAGUUUCCAGCCCUCCCUGCUCGGCCGCAAGAUCCUGGCUGCCAUCAUUAUGAAGAGAAAUGCUGAGGACAUGGGUGUUGUCGUGAGCUUGGGGACAGGGAAUCGCUGUGUGAAAGGGGACUCUCUCAGCCUAAAGGGAGAGACAGUCAAUGACUGCCAUGCCGAAAUCAUCUCCCGGAGGGGCUUCAUCAGGUUUCUCUACAGUGAACUGAUGAAGUACAACCACCACACUGCCAAGAACAGCAUAUUUGAGCUGGCCAGGGGAGGAGAGAAGCUGCAGAUAAAAAAGACGGUUUCUUUUCAUCUCUACAUCAGCACGGCGCCAUGUGGAGAUGGAGCCCUCUUUGACAAAUCCUGCAGUGACCGAGCUGUGGAAAGCACAGAGUCCCGCCAUUACCCUGUUUUUGAAAAUCCCAAACAAGGCAAGCUUCGCACCAAGGUGGAGAAUGGGGAAGGCACAAUUCCUGUGGAGUCCAGUGACAUUGUACCCACGUGGGAUGGCAUCCGGCUUGGGGAAAGACUCCGUACCAUGUCCUGUAGUGACAAAAUCCUACGCUGGAAUGUGCUGGGCCUGCAAGGGGCGCUGUUGACACACUUCCUACAGCCUGUGUACCUGAAAUCUGUAACAUUAGGUUACCUUUUCAGCCAAGGGCAUCUGACCCGAGCUAUUUGCUGCCGCGUGACCAGAGAUGGGAAAGCAUUUGAGGAUGGACUACGCUAUCCCUUUAUUGUCAACCACCCCAAGGUCGGCCGAGUCAGUGUGUAUGAUUCCAAAAGGCAGUCCGGAAAGACCAAGGAGACAAGCGUCAACUGGUGCUUGGCCGAUGGCUAUGACCUAGAGAUCCUGGAUGGCACCAGAGGCACUGUGGAUGGACCCGGGAAAGAAUUGUCUCGGGUGUCCAAGAAGAAUAUUUUCCUUCAGUUUAAGAAGCUCUGCUCCUUCCGAGCCCGCAGAGAUUUGCUGCAGCUCUCCUAUGGUGAGGCCAAGAAAGCUGCCCGUGACUAUGACUUAGCCAAGAACUACUUCAAGAAAAGCCUUCGGGAUAUGGGCUACGGGAAUUGGAUCAGCAAACCCCAGGAGGAAAAGAACUUUUAUCUCUGUCCAGUACCCAAUGACUGAUAGUGGGGCAUGUUUCUCACGGGGUCAGAGGGAGGUCAUGGCAUUCCUCAUCACAUCGGGCCAGAGUUUAGGGGCUUUUUUUAACCCCAUCCCCCCCUUUUUUAAUGGCGGAACCAUAAUAGAUGGUACCAAGAACUUUGGUUCCCAUUAAUCCUGCUUGCUUUGGGAUUUCGAGGUGGGGUCUGGCCAAGUCCCCACCUUCCUAUUCCCAAGGGAAGAGGCCAAGAUUAAAGGAAGAGGAGGCACUACUGGUCCACUUGUGGCAUAGACAGUUCUUGGUCACAUGGAACCCAGGCCCCUCAGCUUAGUUUUUCGGAGGUUUAUUCAUCUCCUUUUCCUUUGCUACACCGGCCUCUUGUGGGUUUGAUUCCAUCUCAUCAGUUCUCUGUAAAUUAUGUCAGGGACUAUUGAUGUCACCUGUAGAUGUGCAGGCCCCUGCUCUGUCAUCCUUCCUUCCUAGGGUGCCUUCCCGUGGUGAAGUUUCUCUUUCCCCACCCCAGAGGAUAGAGGUGAACAUAAAGGAUUGGUGAAAUGUUUACAAGGGCAGGAGUUGAGAACUGUGGUUAGGGAUCAUCAGGCAACAGGAAUGUGGUAAACUGUGGUUGGGACAGGCAAGCCCCACCCAGUAAUGGGCCGUGCUGGCCCACCAAGGAACUUCCCUCCUUGGCAGCAGGGAAGCUGAGAAUCAGCCACUGGGACUGAGGAAGGUGCCCAGACAGAGCAAGUCCCAGUAGGGGCCACGAGCACUGACUAGAGUGCAUCAGCAUUCCUUGGAAUGUAGCUGCACCUCCAUCUGCCCCUCCAUGAAGCAUUCCCAGAAGCUGGCUCUGUGCGCAUAUGGGUAUGGGGCCAUAGGCCAGUGAUUUGUGAAAAGCCGAGGACAAGUCCUGGAGUGCAGAUCAUCUUUGUCCAGACAGAGCAAAAGUAAAUGCAAAACAUCAUGUUGGUCCACUGGGAUUCUUCUCAUGGCACUGAUACCAGCAGAAGUUGACAAAGCCUUGUAUAAAAUUAAUGUUUCUAAAAGGCCAGAGGUGUUGAUUCUGAACUGCAUAGAAGACUUGAGAUGCAAAUAUAUUUUUCCAUUAGUGAAUGUACUUUCAUUCGAUCAGAUGGCUUCAGAAGCUGGUUCAUGUGCGGGGCACAAGGCCCUGGAAUCUCCUGCCCUGCUCCUUUGAGAAUCUUCAUUUACAUACAAGUGUUGUAGGUGGCAGGGCAGCUGGCCUCCCACUCUGGGGUGGGCUUCUUUGACUCCUCCCUCUCUGACAGUGAUGUGUGGAGAGCCUUAGCCCCUGUAGGGCCUGGCUCUAGCCUCAAAUCAGCCAGACGGUUAGGCCCUGCUCCAUUCUGCCCCUCUAGGACCAAGCCCACCUCUUGCCUCUGAAUGGUGUGGCUCCAUGUGAAGACAGCUGGCCAGUGUGUUCAGCAGCUUCCUGCACCCCCUUGCUUAUCCCUCAGUGCUGCCUGGCUCCCCUAGCCUCUGGUCCAGUGCCAACAGCAAACACAUUCGCACUUCAAGUCUAAUGACUACUGCCUCCUCAACCUGUGAUCACAUCUGGCCAACACAAGAGCCUGUAUCUUAACAAUACACUGGGGAUGUCUUUGCACAACCAGAUCAUCCUAUGGAACUCCGGUAUCUGCUGAAGUGAAAACGCAGCACCAUGUUUGUGUCAGCUGGAGGCCUGCUACCUUCUGGCACCUGCAUCUGAAGCAGAGCUGUUGUGGUUUCCAGGCCUGGGCAGGACGCUCUUCCCCCGGGGUCUAAAGGCCAGAGACUUCUCUCCUUUGACUCUGUUGGUCCCUCUGGUCCUUCCUGGGUAUUCACACACACCCCAAUCCUGUCUAGAGAACUUGUGAUUCUGGGUUUCUGCAGAUGGAAGGGAGCAAGGUAUCUCUGUUGUGUGGGCUUGGCAUCUGCAUCCCUCCCCAACCCCUGCCUCCAGUCCUGCUGGCCGGGGGCAGAGCUUCCACUGUGCUUCCUUCACCUUUGUGUGACCUUUGUUUUAAGAAGCAGGGCCUCCCUCCACAGUCUCUUAAUAAUUUCUGUAGUUGAUUUGUCUCAACUGUGGCUGUCUUGCAUUCUUUGAAUAAUCACGUGUAAGAUUGUCAAUGCUUGAAACUAUUUUCUGUACUCAAGUUGAAGGGACUUGUUGGCCUUGGGGUUUUGACAGUGACUCCAAGAACAGAGUGGGGAAGCACCCAGGCAUAGCCUUGGUGCUGUGAUGGAUGCAGUCCCUUCUUGUGUCCCUUUACAAGUGAGUAUACAUUCCACAGAAUAAAAACACUGAAGCAUCA